AGUUUCUACGAGUUCACAGGAGCAAAAAACCACUAAUGUCAGACAGACUUACGAUGAUGGAGCUUCAACCUGACUAAUGUCAACAGUGAAACCUCUAAAAGACCCAGCACCCUCUGAAGAUGUGAUUGAUAUUAAGCCAGAACCAGGUGAUCUCAUUGAUGAAGACCUCAAUUUUGUGCAGGAGAAUCCCUUAUCUCAAAAAAAUCUUACAGUGACGCUUGCAUAUGGUUCUUCUCGCCCUUCAAUUGAAAUAUAUCGACCUCCUACAAGUAGAAAUGCAGAGACUGGUACUCACCUAAACAGGUUGCAGUUUCAACCGCAGCAGAACAGUAUUCAUGCUGUCAAGCAGCUUGAUAUUCAGAACACCCAGAUAUAUGAACCAGGACGCUUGUGUGAACCAGAAGUGCUCAACAGCUUAGAAGAAACUUACAGUCCCUUCUUUAGAAACAACCUGGAAAAAAUGAGUAUAGAGGAUGAAAACUUUCAGAAAAGAAAGUUGCCUGUGUUAAGUUCAGUUGUUAAAGUAAAGAAAUUCAGUCAUAAUGGAGAGGAGGAGGAGGAAGAGGACGAUUAUGGCUCCCGGACAGGGAAUGUGUCCAGCAGUGUGUCAGUACCAGCAAAGCAGAGGAGACCUUCUCUUCCACCUUUUAAACAAGCUAACAAGAAUCUGAUUUUGAUGGCUAUUUCUGAAGCUCAAGAAUCUGUAACAAAAACAACUAACUAUUCUGCAGUACCACAGAAACAGACACUUCCAUUUGCUCCCAGAAUUCGAGCUUCUCAAGAAGAAUUGCUAGCAGAAAUGGUCCAAGGGCAAAGCAGGACAACCAGAAUAAGUUCUCCCAUUAAAGAAGAGGGAGCAAAAGAAGAACACACAGAAAACAUUCCAGGAAAUCAACAGAGACAGUUGUUAUCUCGACUUCAAAUUGACCCGGUAAUGGUGGAAACAAUGGAGAUGAGCCCAGACUACUAUGACAUGGAAUCCAUGGUCCAUGCAGACACCAGAUCAUUUAUUCUGAAGAAGCCAAAGCUGUCUCAGGAAAUAGUAGUGACACCAAACCAGGAGUCGGGGAUGAAGACUGCAGAUACCCUUCAGGUACUUUCAGGACACGUUAUGCAGACACGAGAUCUUGCACAACCAGAUAAACCUGCAAGUCCCAAGUUUACAGCAACGCUGGAUGGUGUCCCCAGCCCCCCAGGAUAUAUGUCAGAUCAAGAGGAGGAGAUGUGCUUUGAAGGAAUGAAACCCGUAAACCACAUCGCAGCCUCAAACAAGGGACUCAGAGGUCUCCUCCACCAGUUGCAGUUGAUGAGCAGGCAGCUUGAGGACCCAGAUGGUAGCUUUUCUAAUGCUGAGAUGGGUGAUCUGAAUAUGGCACAAAAGCCAGACAAGCUUUUGGAGUGCUGCAAGUACUGGCAUGCUUGUAAAAAUGGGGAUGAAUGUGCAUACCAUCAUCCUGUUUUACCUUGCAAAGCCUUCCCAAAUUGUAAAUUUGCUGAAAAAUGUUUGUUUAUGCAUCCAAAUUGUAAAUAUGAUGCGAAGUGUACUAAACCAGAUUGUCCCUUCACUCACAUGAGUAGAAGAAUGCCAGAACUGACUCCAAAAGCAGACACUUCACCAUCUCCAUCUUCUAGUGGUCAGCGCUGCCGCUACUUCCCAGCUCGUAAGAAGAUGGAGUGUCCCUUCUAUCAUCCAAAACACUGUAGGUUUAAUACUCAGUGUACAAGACCAGACUGCACGUUUUACCAUCCCUCCAUUACUGUACCACCAAGACAUGCCUUGAAAUGGAUUAGACCUCAAACCAGCGAAGGACACCCAGUCCUACCUAGCAGAAGAUCACGCUGUUUGAAAGCUUCCAUCUCCUGAUGAAAGAUGUUCUACAGAACUUGUCAAAUCUUUGAAAUUUGAAUAUAUUGCUUUCAUAAUUAUUUUAUUGCCUA